AUGUUGAUUGUGGGUGAACUGUCUGAAGCAGGAGACAAUAGUGAUGAAGAAACACUAGAAUUACCCAUCUUUGAAAUGGUCACGAUUAGCAGGGCAACUGACAAGUUUUGUGACACAAAUAAAAUUGGAGAAGGUGGUUUUGGGCCUAUUUACAAGGGUCUGCUAUCAACUGGAAAGGAGAUAGCUGUCAAACGGCUCUCAACUACCUCGAAACAAGGUCUUAAUGAAUUCAAAAGUGAAAUGACUUUGAUUGCCAAACUUCAAUACCGUAAUCUGGUUAUGCUUUUGGGAUGUUGCAUCCAUGGAGAAGAAAGAAUGUUAAUUUACGAGUACAUGCCCAAUGGAAGCUUGGAUUCUCUCAUUUUUGGUGUAGAAAACACAAGAAGUAAAUCACUUACAUGGAGGAGACGCUUAGAUAUUAUUGUUGGGAUUGCUCAGGGGGUUCUUUAUCUACAUCGAGAUUCAAGAUUGAGAAUUAUUCAUAGGGAUCUCAAAGCCAGCAAUGUCAUAUUGGAUUGUGGGAUGAAUCCUAAAAUUUCAGAUUUUGGCGUAGCUAGGACUUUUGGAGGAGAUCGAUCUUCCGCAACAACAAGAAGAGUGGUUGGAACUUAUGGUUACAUGUCACCGGAAUAUGUAAUUGAUGGCCUCUUUUCAAUAAAAUCCGAUGUCUUUAGCUUUGGAGUCAUGAUCUUAGAAAUAUUGAGUGGCAAAAGCAAUAGGCGAUUCCAUCAUCCAGACCAUAAUUUUUACCUUCUUGGGCAUGCAUGGACACUUUGGAUAGAAGGGAAGGCGUGUGAGCUAUUAGAUCCACUGGUGGAGGGUUUAUUUUCAAUGUCAGAAGUACUAAGGUGCAUACAGAUUGGUCUUUUAUGCGUGCAAAAAUGCCCCAAAGAUAGGCCAACUAUGUCAACUGUGCUCUUAAUGUUGAUUACUGAGACUAUAGUGCCGCCCCAACCCAACCAACUUGGCUUUUAUACAGAGAGGAAAUCUAGGCCUCCUCUUCCUAAGCCACCAAAGGGUUUCUGUCAGUCUUUCUUUCCUAGUAAAGACUUAAAGAAGUUACUGGAUCUGCCAGUUCACAAACGAAAGGCCCCUCUUCUACUUAAUUUCAUUCCUACCUACAAGUCAGCUCUUCCCGAUGUCCCCAAGAAGAAGAAGAAAAUCCUUUCUUCGCCAUCCGCUACAACUCCUCAAGUUGCCUUCUCAUCUCGGGCAGAUCAAGGAUUGACCUCUGAUCCAGCUGAGCAGCCGUCUACUUCGGCUUCAUAUCUGAUCUCGAUAUCCCAGCGCCGUCGACGACGCCGAACAGUUUUUACUGCUGAAAUGGGCCGCCAAAAAGCAGUUGCUAAGGAUUUUUUGGCCAAUAUUCCUGAUUCAGUUGAUGCCCAAUCAGCGCCAACCCAGCCAAAGCUGAAGACAAAAAGGAUCAAGAAGGCUCAGCCAGAGGCAAAGGUGACUCAAAUUGACACUGAAGAUACUUUGUCAAUCUCGAAAUUAGCUUCGAGUGAGAGAACUACAUCUGCUGCCGAGAAGAGGCCAGCCGAUGCCCAACCAUCUGAAUCCCCAAAAUCAAAGAAGCCGAGGUCAUCCGCUAUAACCAUAUCGGGGUCUCGAAAGCAGGAUUCCCACUGGGCUCCCCAAAUCACACUGGAGGAUAAGCCAGUUAGGGCUAGCGACAGCGCUGAUGACAUUAAUGUCGGCGUUGCCCUUAGUACUGCUCUGCUUCUUCCCGGCCAUCCAGCACGCUCAUUCCUUCUCAACAUAAUCCUUUGA